AUGUCUGCUGCAAUGGAUACAGAAUCGACAUAUUCGGGAUACUCCCACUACUCAGGUCACUCCAAAAAAGCUCACAGACAAGGGAGUCGCGACAGGCACAAAUCGCCACGAAGCAAAGAUGGCAGUCGGUCUGAGAAGUCCGUCACUAUCCAGACACCUCCUGCAGAGCCACUGCUUGGGAACGAUGCGUCUCGGGCAGAGGAGGGCCAGGAUGACAACUGGGGUGAGACCACGACAGCAAUCACAGGCACCUCUGAGCACAGUAUUUCCCAGGAGGACAUUGCCCGGAUCAGUAAGGAUCUGGAGGACAGCGUUGGGUUGGACUGCAAACGUUACCUGGGCUUAACAGUGGCAGCUGUUCUUGGACUCCUCGUCUUCCUUACCCCCAUCGCCUUCAUUCUGUUACCCCAGAUCCUGUGGCGGGAUGAUCUGGAGCCAUGUGGUACUGUCUGUGAGGGACUGUUCAUCUCUGUGGCAUUUAAACUCCUCAUUCUUCUGAUUGGGACCUGGGCUCUGUUCUUCCGCCAGCCCAAGGCAGAUAUACCAAGGGUUUUUGUGUUUCGGGCCCUUCUGUUGGUCCUCAUAUUCCUGUUUGUGUUUUCCUACUGGCUGUUUUAUGGUGUUCGCAUCUUGGACUCAAAGGACACCAACUACCAAGGAAUAGUGCAGUACGCAGUGUCUCUGGUGGAUGCUCUGCUCUUCAUUCACUACCUGGCCAUUGUGCUGCUGGAGCUACGGCAGCUGCAGCCCGUGUUCACUGUCAAGGUCGUCCGGUCAACGGACGGAGAGUCGCGAUACUAUAGCUUGGGGCACUUGAGCAUCCAGCGAGCUGCACUGGUGGUUCUGGAAAAUUACUACAAAGAUUUCACAGUCUACAACCCAGCCUUGCUAACAGCCUCCAAAUCCCGUGCAGCCAAGCACAUGGCUGGCCUGAAAGUCUACAAUGUUGAUGGCCCAGGUAACAACGCCUCGGGGCAGUCCCGUGCCAUGAUUGCAGCUGCGGCCCGUCGCAGGGACUCCAGUCACAACGAGCUCUACUAUGAAGAGGCCGACCACGAGCGCCGAGUGAAAAAACGCCGUGCAAGGCUUGUGGUUGCAGUAGAGGAGGCUUUCACUCACAUCAAACGCCUCCAGGCAGAGGAACAGCAGAAAGCUCCCGGAGAGAUGAUGGAUCCCCGAGAAGCAGCCCAGGCAAUCUUCCCCUCCAUGGCAAGAGCUCUGCAGAAGUACCUUCGCACCACCCGCCAGCAACAGUACCACAGCAUGGAGAGCAUCUUGCAACACUUGUCCUUCUGCAUCACCAAUAACAUGACACCAAAGGCAUUCCUGGAGCGUUACCUCAACCCGGGCCCAACCCUCCAGUACGACAGGGAUCGCUGGUUCUCCAAGCAGUGGACGCUUGUCAGUGAGGAAGCAGUCACAAGCGGGUUACAAGACGGCAUUGUUUUUGUUCUCAAGUGCUUGGACUUCAGCCUUGUUGUUAAUGUGAAGAAAAUCCCCUUCAUCAAACUCUCGGAAGAGUUCAUAGACCCUAAAUCUCAUAAAUUUGUCCUCCGCUUACAGUCUGAGACUUCAGUCUAAGGGAUUUUGAGGAAUUCAAGCGGUUUAUAAGACAACCCUGUUUGUGGUCAAGUGGACAAUGUUCCUUUUGCUGGACAUCCUUCACUAAAGGCUGAACCAUUCAACAGGGUGCCACGUUGCCUAGCCAGGAGCGAUGUUGCCCCUGGUUAACUCCUCUUUUCCAUGUUGGUGUUUUUCCUGUGACUCAGGUAUGCUGCUUGGAUACUUUAAAGGCUUUGGUUUUUUGCUCUCAGAUUUGUUACAGCCUAAAUCCAAAGCCAUGCUGAGAUCUUCCAAAACCAGAUGCAGCUAGGACUUUCAGCUGUUCCAGAGCAGAUGGAAAUGGCUGUGGGUUUCCAUGAAGGCUGGAAGGCUUUCUCUUUCAUGGUUAAAUAAUGAAAGAUUUGGAUUUAUUGCAGCUUCUAGGAGCGUAGGGGCAGAUACUAGACCCUUAAUACCUUGCCUGUAUACCUAGUCCUGUAACUAGGCUUGGGCAAAGGUGGUUAGCACAUCUGUUCGCCUCUCAUUGCCAUGUGGCUGCAGCCAUCCUUGUGUAGGCUCUGGGGGGCUGCCCCAGGUCUCAGACUCCUUUCCUGCUCACGGGAGAAGAGCAGGCAGCGCUCUCAGAAAUGCAAGCAUUUCAGCACUCCCCUCCAUACUGUACCAGUCCCUGACCAAGCCCCUGUGGUCAGCUUGGGGAGGUGGGGCGGCUGCUUGCAACUACCAGUUUUCACCCUGCGGAGGGAAGACGUUGCCCCCCACGCGGCCCUGUAGGCAGCAGCGUAGCUGGGGUGGGAUGCACCAUGUGUCAAAGGGUGGUGUGAUGCAGCUUGCUCACAGAGCAAGGUCAGCUCCUGCUUCUGGGGUUGUCCUGGGUGCCUUCAAGAGCAAUCCCACCCCAAAGGGGGAUAUUGCAGAGGAAGGCAGAUCUGAUUUCAGCCUCUGCCAGCUAUUCCUCUGACUUCUGCCUCUAAAAAUUUUCCUGCCAGCAACUUCAGUCACUGCAGCUCCCAUCCUCCCCUCCUUGUGUUUUUCCCAAAGUUCCCUAGUGAGGCAGAACAAGUAUCCACUGGGAUGGGAGGUGCUGGGGCUACAGUUUGGAGCUUGGGGGCCACUCAUGAUAAGGCACAAGUUUGGGGGAGGUCUGAACAAAUCCCAGCCAUCACAGAGCCUCUUAGCCUUUUCCUUUGGGAUGAGGAUCUCCAUGCAAAGCCUCGGGAAUCAGCUGUUGCCAAGUAUGCCAAAAGCUGCGGGGAAGCAGUUUCUGAAGCUGGCCUUGCAGAAGUAGCUUUUAAAAGUCUUGAUGUGCUCGUUUCCAGCACUUGCUGCUGAAGAAACUGGAAAGAUCCAUACUGUGCUGAACAUGGAAACCUAUUCAAGCCAAUUUCAUCUUGCUUACCAAAACUUGUAAAUCUGCCCUUUCCAAAGGUAAAACUAAAGUCUUGCAGUCUUUUGCAGAAAUGCUGUAGUCUGGUCCCAGACUCUGCUCUUCGGUUGCGCUCGGUUCUGCCCUGCUGUAUGAGAGCUGUUCACGAGAUGUGUGAGCAGAUGUCUGUUUUCUCAUUCAGCUUGUGUGACUGUGUGCUUUUUCCCUUAUAGGUGUGUGCACUAUACAAGUCUAAAGCCUCAAGCUAGGCUCGGUGGUUCAGUGUUUAAACUGUGUUAAGAAGGAAGCGCUCUUGGGAUCGAGCGCUUUGGGGGUUUGGGGGAUUUUUUGGUUUGGUUUUUUUUGUUUGUUUUUUUUUUUUUAAACUAAAACCCCCCAAAACCGCCAAAUUUCUGUUCUCCUAAAAGAGAUGGCUUUGGGCCAUGAAGUCUCCUACAGGAAUAUGCAUCCUCCUGCGUUCAGGCUGCUGCCUCUGAUAAAUGACCAAAAGUUGCCGUUUCCGACAACUGCUCUGUGACCGGUGUGGGUGGCUUUGGGAUACUCCUGAGCUGGGUCCCCGCCACGCCAGCAGUACAGCUGGUGUUAUCCGCCCCUCUGAAUCCCUCCAAGAGACUGCGUUUUUAUCCCUGCAACAUACUGAAGCCCUGCGAGCAGCAGGCAGCCAGCCCUGCCCUACGUGUGCUCUGCCGAGAGAAGGAAUCCUUCCCUCUGGCUGCUUCCCGGGCACCUCUCACCAGCGCUAACGAUGCUUGGGGGUAUCUCCUGCGUGCACGGGGGGAUGCUGUGGCUCGCUACCUGCACAGAUGUAACUGUGAAGGAAUCUUACACUCUUCUGUGCCUGUUUCUUUGAUUCAGCAUUAUCGUGUCUUGGGGAAGGGGGUGGGAGCGAACGCCCUUCCCUCACCCUCUUUUGAUCACUGUGUAAUACUCUUUUUCUACACAAACUGUGUAUAGUAAGAUGGGUUUUGCCAAGGUUUUCUAAUUAAUAGACACUAACCAGCAUUUAUUUCUUUUUUUUUUCCUUCUCUUUGCACAUGUAACUUUAACUGCAAUGGUACAUGGUCUUUCUGUUCUUUUCUAAUUGUGAACUUUAAGUGAGCAAAUUCCUGGUGUCUGUGACAUUAAUGCACUGUGGGUCUAGCCUAGUAAAUUGUUCUGUUCCAAGCUGGGUUCUCUUAAGUUAUAGCUGGAUGGGUUUUUGUUGUUUUUAAACUGAAACAUAAAACCGUUUUACACUUUGCAUAUUUUGUACAGUAAAAUUCUGGAAAUAAACUGAAACCAG